AUGGAGCUUCAAGAAAAUAGGAAGAAUGUGUACUCCUUGAUGGUUGUGUGUGAUGAAGAUAUGACAGAUGAAGAAUUUGAUGACGUGAUUGUUGGAAAUAACGAGAAGAUGAAGGUUGAAGGUGUUGGAAGUGUUCGCCUCAAACUUCGCACUGGGAAGGUCAGAAUUCUUCAUCAUGUGAGAUAUGUGUCAUCGUGUGGUGCUAAUUUAAUUUCGUUGGGUGAGAUGACAUCGCGUGGAUACAACACACCCAAAUGUGCACCCCCCCACCGCCUUCCCCGACUCCAUGGCCCACCUGCACGACCUCCCGGUGGGCCGGACCAGUGCUCCUCAACCGUGAUCCAGACCAUUCCGCCCGCCUCCACCGUGUGGGCCCUCCUCCGCCGCUCGACCCCCCAGUCCUACAAGCGCUUCGUCAAGUCCUGCCGCCUCCUCGACGGCGACUCCUCCUCCUCGCGCCGGCUGCCUCCGCGAGUCCGCCUCAUCUCCGAUCCCGCCGUCACCAGCACCGAGCGCCUCGAAAUCCUCGACGACGAGAAGAAGGUCAUGAGCUUUAGGAUCGUGGGAGGCGAGCACAGGCUGAGCAACUACAGGUCGGUGACCACGGUGCACGACUGUGGGGCCCACGGGACGACGGUGGUCGAGAGCUACGUGGUCGACGUGCCGGCGGGCAACACGGUGGAGGACACGUGCGUGUUCGUCGACACGAUCGUCAGGUGCAAUCUGCAGNGAUGACGGUGGAGAAGCUCCAGAGGUGCGGGAGGGCAAAUUAGCGAUUUCAUCCUUGUUGUUUCCUUCUUUUUUUUUUGGCCCUCUUCUUUGGGUAAAUUGCGGGUGAUCCCCUUAUCUAUGCCUACAGUGACUUUUAUCACCCCUUAGCAUUAAGGAUGAGUUGCAGACGAGCGUCCUUUUUUCUUUUGCGAAUUAAAGGUUGUUAAAUGCUGUGGUAAGCUGCUGAGGGUGUAGAUGAUGGGGGGCAGUCAGCAAUUUACCUUUUCUUGGGGGAUUAGACUACAAGAAUAACACGGAGGAGCUAGCUAGCUGUGUAUAAUGUGUUGUUUAGUUUUUGUAGCUCAUUUUGGGGUAUGUUUAUAUUGUUUUUUUUUUAUAUUUUAGUUUUCACAUGAAGGAGAAGAUUACUGUUUUUUUCAAGUGUUAUUGUUAUUAAUUCUUUCGAUCGUUAGGUUCAUAUGUACGUAUGUGAAAUAUUUGCGGUAAUUUUUUGAAGUUGAAGCUCAUUAGCAACUCAGAAA